AUGCCCAAAGUGGAACAGUCGUCGAACAUCUCGCAAGGAGCUAACACGCGAAAAUUAUCAGUUUCUAAAAAGCCUCGGUCUAAAACCUCGAGGAAAGUACAAAUAAGGCUUUGUUUGUUGUGUCUCAAUUUUUUGCUUUAUACCAUGGAGGAGGUCCUAAGAAUACAAAAACCAAUCAUCUUUGACGAGUCCAUCGCGCACUACGAAUUGCAUGGACAUCAACCAUUCGCAUCAGCAACUUUCAACAACAACGAUGAGAUUCGUAUUGCAGUUCAGCAUCAGGAUUUGUGCUUGCUACCGAGCAAGAGCUCAUUACAUGUGUAUGGUAGAUUGACGAAAGCUGAUGGACAACCUGUUGCCGCUACCACGACAUUGGUCAACAACGCCAUCGGUCACCUAUUUGAAGAAAUUUGUUAUGAGCUGAAUGCUGUGGAGAUUGUUCGAUGUAAAAAUGUUGGUCUUUCAACACUCAUGAAAAAUUAUAUCUCCCAGAAUCCUAGCCAAAAAUCAGUCAUGGAAAAUGCUGGUUGGCUGAGAGAUGAAGAAGAAGCAUCGAUAUCCGAUGCUACUGGUUACUUUGACAUCUCAAUACCUUUGAGUAUGAUACUGGGCUUUGCUGAUGACUAUCGCAGAAUUGUCGUCAAUGCCAAACAUGAGUUGAUUUUAACACCUGCAAACUCUGAUACGAAUGCUAUCAUACAAACUGCUGAUGCUGCGGAACAAUUCAAAAUUACUCUUUCGAAGAUCGAAUGGAUGAUACCAUAUGUCAGUGUAGCUGAUCAAUGGAAAAUUAAACUAUUAAAUUUUAUCGCCAAAGACUCGUACAUAUCGUUGAGUUUUCGUGCUUGGCAAUUGUACGAGUACCCGCUACUACCUACAACUACAAAGCACGUUUGGGUUGUGAAAACCUCUACGCAGCUUGAAAAACCUCGACACGUUGUUUUGGGAUUCCAAACAGUUCGGAAAAAUAGAGCUACUAAGAACGCGAGUCACUUCGAUCAUUGUAAUAUCAGAGACGUCAAACUCUUUCUCAACUCACAGAGUUAUCCAUAUGGAAAUUUGAAUCUUGACAUUGAUCAUAAUCAGUACGCUCUCCUCUACGAUAUGUACGCAAAUUUUCAGGCUUCCUACCACGGGAAGGAGUCUGAACCACUGUUGAGUAAAGUAGACUUUUUGAAGUACGCACCACUCAUUGUUAUUGAUUGUUCAAAACAGAAUGAGUCAUUGAAAUCUGGACCCGUUGACAUUUGA